AGAGAGAGAUAGAGUAGAAUAUCCUUUCGAUCCCUGCAAAAGGGAGAGAUCAUCUCGAAGCUUUUCAAAGCCUUUGCAAGUACCUUUCUCGCCUUCUCCCUUUUGACCCUUUCUUGGUUCGCGAAGCGCACGGCGGAGGCUCGCGCGGAAAAAAUGGGGAACGGAAGCUCCAAGGACGGCGAUGGCGACUCCUCCUCCUCCGGGCGCAAGUCGCGGUUCAGGCAGCGGCUCCGCUUCCACCGCGGCCACAGCCGCCAAGACAGCGGCCCGGCUUCUCUCCUCAAAAGCGCCGACGAUUUCGCCGGGAUCGCUCUCCUCACUCUUCGCUCAGCGGAGAUGAGGUUCAAGGACAGGUGGCUCGCGUGCGUUUCUUUCGGAGAGCAGACGUUCCGAACCGCAAUCUCAGAUCACACUGACAAGCCCACUUGGAACUCCGAAAAGAAACUUGUUCUGGAAAGGAAUGGGCCUCAUAUUGCAAGAAUCUCCGUGUUUGAGACUAAUAGGAUUUCAAAGAACAAUCUAGUUGGUUAUUGUGAGCUAGAUCUGCUUGAAGUCUUGGGAAAGGACUCAGAAUCUGAAUCUGAGGUCUUGAAUUUGUUAGACCCUUCUAAAUCAGAUGAAGUGGUGGGCACUAUCUUGGUUUCAUGUUCUGUCGAGGAUCCUGUGGAAACAGAGAAGAGUUUUGCAAGGCGCAUCUUGUCAAUUGUGGACUACAAUGAAGAUGGGAAGCUCUCGUUCUCCGAAUUUUCUGACUUGAUGAUUGCUUUUGGAAAUCAUUUGGCUGCUAAAAAGGUUAGAAAAGAGGAGCUCUUUGAAGCAGCAGACGUAAAUGGGGAUGGUGUGGUCUGCAUGGAUGAGUUAGCGGCCCUUCUUGCAAUUCAACAUGAAAAGGAGCCGCUUGUGAAUUGUUGCCCAGUCUGUGGUGACAUUCUCAAUGUUUCAGAUAAGCUGAACACUGUAGUACACUUGACUCUCUGUUUUGAUGAAGGGAGUGGAAACCAGGUUAUGACUGGGGGAUUCUUGACCGAUAAACAAGCUUCCUCAGGGUGGAUGUUCAAACUUAGUGAAUGGGCCCAUUUUUCAUCUUAUGAUAUUGGCCUGAACUAUGGAUCUAGUGCUUCAAAUAUAGUGGUAUUUGACCGGAGGACUAAGAGACUAGUGGAAGAAAUAAUUGAUGGAAAAAUUGUAUUGUCAAUGAGAGCCAUUUACCAAUCGAAAUUUGGGCUAGGCCUUAUUGAUACAGGAGCAAAAGAGAUUUUGCAGAGUAUUUCUGAAAAGCACGGCAGGAAAAUGAAUUCUGUAGAAUCUGCAGAAGACAUACCAAAGUUCCUUAAAUUUUUCAAGGAUCAAAUUAAUAUGGCUGAAGUCAAGUAUCCGUUGGAACAUUUCAAGACUUUCAAUGAAUUCUUCAUAAGAGAGUUGAAGCCUUGUGCGAGACCCAUUGCCGCCAUGGAGCAUGACAACAUUGCUGUCUGUGCUGCUGAUAGUCGUUUAAUGGCUUUCAACAACGUUGAAGACAGUACUCGGUUUUGGGUUAAGGGUAAAAAGUUUUCUGUUCAAGGCCUUCUGGGAAAUGAGAUAAGUUCGAGCUCUUUUGAAGGUGGGUCAUUGGUGAUAUUCCGAUUGGCACCACAGGACUACCAUCGCUUCCAUCUCCCUGUCACUGGAAUCAUUGAACAAUUUGUGAAUAUACCUGGAUGCUUGUUCACUGUCAAUCCUAUAGCUGUCAAUAGCAAGUACUGCAAUGUUUUCACGGAGAACAAGCGUGUUGUAUCUAUUAUCUCAACAGAACAUUUUGGAAAGGUGGCAUUCAUUGCUAUUGGAGCAACCAUGGUAGGCAGCAUCACUUUUCUGAAGCAGGAGGGUGAUUGUGUUAAGAAGGGUGAUCAGUUUGGAUAUUUCUCAUUUGGAGGAAGCACUGUUAUUUGUGUCUUUGAGAAGGAUGUAAUUGACAUAGACAACGAUCUCCUAGAGAAUAGUAGCAGAUCACUUGAAACCCUAGUAUCUGUGGGGAUGAAGCUGGGUGUCGCGGCCAGAAAACAAGCAGAAACUGGGAUACCAAAUCUGGAGAAGAUGGUCUUAGAAGCUUGAGGAAAGCUCAUAUCAGUUGAUUUUUGGAAUUGACUGCCUGUUGAUUGUUUGUAAAGUAGCUCUGACAAACUCGUCCAUCGGCUCUGGAUACUUCACUCUGUACAUUGGCAUGUUUGUAAAGAAGAAUUUGAACAAGAAGUUGGUUUAGGUUGUACAAUUUAUCGUGUCUUCCAUAACAAAAACUAUAAGGAAUUGCAAACAGACAGACGUGACAAACAUUUGUA